CGUCAACCGGCUUCAUUUCCAUUUUGAAACCAUCGAGUAAGCAGUGAACAUCUAGGAGAGGUCGUGGAGGAACUUUACCAUCUAGCCACCAUCGCCGUUCGCCAAUUACACCAUGGCUGAUACCGAGGCGGCGCCGCAGCCGCAGCCUCAGCAGCAAUCGGAGCAACCGCCUCAACCUGCUAAAGCGACUAAACAAAAGCAGGUCGUCGCUGAAAAAGUAUCCGGCACUGUAAAAUGGUUCAAUGUGAAAAGUGGAUAUGGUUUUAUUAACAGGAAUGACACCAAGGAAGAUGUGUUCGUGCACCAGACUGCGAUUGCUCGAAACAACCCACGUAAGGCUGUGCGCUCGGUAGGCGACGGUGAGACGGUGGAGUUCGCCGUGGUGGUCGGCGAAAAGGGGUAUGAGGCAGCCGCCGUGACUGGGCCUGGCGGCGAGCCAGUCAAGGGCUCGCCAUACGCCGCUGACAAGCGCCGUGGGUUCCCUCGACAAUACUACCCGCGCGGAGGAUGGCGCGACGGCGAGCCUCGCCGUGGCGGCCCACCACGCCGUGGUCCGCCACCACCGCACGCUGCGGUUGCUGGUGCUGCACCCAAUGAAGAGGGGGAAGCCCCGCAACAACGCAGCUACUUCCGCCGUAACUUCCGUGGUGGUCGUCGCGGUGGUGGCCCACGUCCCGUGUACCGCGGUGGGUACCGUUACGUACGUCAACGCAACCCACAGGCGGGCGCGCAGGGAGGCCCGCGCAGCGCUGCGCCCGAAGGCGAUGUGCCCGCCGCCUCCACGACUCAGCCCAAGCCCAAGGCUAAGGCGGGCGCUACCAUCGAGGCCACCACCAAUGAGAGCCAGGCCUAAAAACCAGGCCCACCUUCUGUAGUGGCUCAUUGUAGUAUUUCUGACUUGUCUUGCUCUACUGCCUAUGAGCAGCACUAUAAUUUAACUUAUAAAUGGCUGUAGAUAUCCUAAGACAUGGAAUGUGUUUAUAAUAUGCUUCCUAUAUUUAUUUAUAGUGUUCUUAGUUAUAUAUUCAAUAUAAUCGGCUAUUCAAUACUUAAUACAUGUGCAAUUGAUGUCUGAUAUUAUAAUAUGUAAUUAAUUUUUUGUCAUAAUUUAUAUCACGGUGUUGACAAUUUAUGUUUUUUUUUAAUGAUCAAUAUUUCAUUUAUAAUUUUUCUUACAAAAUUUAAAUGUAUGUGAUGAUGUAGAAAUCUAAAUGUACUUUGUUUAAAUUAUGAAUAAUGAAUUUCCUAUGUGUAAUUGAAAUUUUCGUGGUGUCCCUUAAUAAAUGUGAGCCAAGAACACUACAGAAUUAAUAAAGCUCUUUAUCUGUGUGAA